AUGGGACAAUUAUUUCCGGCUUUUAGCAGGAAAUUAUUGCCUUUUAGCCCGAAAUCAUCACUUCUUAGCUUGUUUUUUUGUUGCAUUGGGACAAAUGGCCUCAUAAUUCUUCCACCUGCCUGCAUAACCAUCUCAGUAAGACCAUUCUCCUUUUACCAAUAUCAUUUUUAUAAGCACUCUUGGGGAGUUAUCAAAGGAGAUAUUAUCAAAGCUGUACAGGAAGCUUUCCAAAAUGGUAAAAUUCUGAAAAACAUUAACUCUACUUCUGUUGUUGUUAUCCCUAAAAGCCCUAAUGCUGAGAACUUAGGGGACUUUAGACCUAUUGCAUGUUGCAAUGUGAUAUACAAAAUUAUUACUAAGAUCUUAUCCUCUAGACUUAGUCCUAUCCUUUGCAAUAUUGUGUCUGAAAAUCGGUCUGCUUUUGUCCCUAAGAGGUCUAUUGCCCACAAUAUUAUGUUAGCUCAUGAUCUAACUAGGAAUUACCAUAGAGAUGUUGGGAGUCCUAGAUGCAUUAUCAAAAUUGACCUCAAGAAGGCUUAUGACUCUUUGUCAUGGGACUUCAUUGAAGAAAUCCUCAUUAGUUUAGAUUUUCCUGACAGUUUCAUUCUCCUUGUCAUGAACUGUAUCAAAACUGCUAGUUUCUCCAUUAAUUGGAAAGGCAGGGCUGGUGAGAUUUUUCAUUCUAGCCAGGGGCUCAGACAAGGGGAUCCUAUGUCUCUUCUUCUUUUUGUUCUUAGCAUGGAAUAUCUGUCCAGAAUGUUAAAUGAUGUGAGCAAUGACUUCUGUUUCCAUAAGAGUUGCAAAAAGUUAAAAAUUAACCAUCUGAUGUUUGCUGAUGACCUGUUAUUAUUUUGCCAUGGGGAUAUUAAAUCUGUCCAAUUUCUGUCUGAUAGUCUGAAUUCCUUCAAAAACACAUCUGGUCUGAGUGUGAACCCUUCUAAAAGCCAGAUCUUCUUUUGCAAUAUAAACUCUGAGUUGAAAAACAGAAUCCUAAAUAUGUUGGGGUUUAUUGAAGGUGAGCUACCCCUUAGAUAUUUAGGAAUACCUCUUAUUACCUCUAGACUGUCCCAUCAAGAUUGUAAAGGUAUUAUAGAGAAGAUUACUAAAAGAAUUAGCUCCUGGACUAGCAAGCUCCUUUCUUAUGCAGGGAGAGUUCAACUAAUUCAGUAUGUCCUUAUGAGUAUGCAUGUGUUUUGGGCCUCAAUUAUGCUGCUGCCUAAGAAGGUUAACAAAGAAAUCCAGAGUAUCUGUGCUAGAUUCCUCUGGAAUGGUAAUCAGGAAGGGAAAUAUAGUGCCUUAGUUGCCUGGAAGGAUAUAAUCAAGCAGAAAAAAGAAGGAGGGCUGGGAAUUAAAGACAUAGGUACUUGGAACAAAGCAGCUAUUAGCAAGCAUGUUUGGCAGGUUAUGAGUGGAUGUAGUUCUCUUUGGGUCAAGUGGAUUCAUCAGAAUAAGUUGAAAAAUUGCAGCUUCUGGGGCAUCAAAGCUAAUAAUGAUUCAAACUGGAUUUGGAGAGGUCUACUUAGCAUCAGGAGUGAUAUAAGAAAAAUGGUGAGUUAUAGCAUUGGUGAUGGCAAAUUGGUAAACUUCUGGAAUGAUCCCUGGUUACAGGGUUGUUCCCUUCUGGAAAAGUUUCCUAGAGUUAAGAUGAAGGAUGCCAAUGUUUCCAAGACUUCUUGUGUUGCUGAUCUGUGGAAAAAUAACAGGUGGAAUCUGCCAGACCCCAUAGAAAGUAAUACUGAAGAAGCUUGGAGUUUCAUUAAAGAGAAUUAUAAGUUGAGGAACACUCCUGACCUGGUGAGAUGGAAUAUGGUUAAAAGCCAUAGAUUCUCUAUUUCAUAUACCUGGAAUGAAAUGAGAGAGCAGUUUGAUCAAGUUUCUUGGCAUAGACUUAUCUGGAACAAGCAUUCUGUUCCCAGAUUUAGCUUCUUGCUUUGGUUAGCUAUGAGAAGGAAGAUGAGAACCAAGGACAGAUUAUUUAAAUGGAAAGUGGUGGAGGAUGAAGUUUGUAUUUUCUGUAAUCAUGAUGCAGAGACCAUUGAUCAUUGUCUCUUUGAGUGUGAGUAUGUGAAGAAGAUUUGGGACAAGCUGCUUCCUAUCUGUAGUUGUCCAGGGAACAUUCUGACUUGGAGAAGACUUAUCAGUUGGUUUAGCAACAGAGCUGUUGGUAAGAAUGCAGCAGCAGCUAUGAGAAGAAUCAUUCUUUCUGCUACUGUGUACUAUGAUUGGAGAGCCAGAAACAAGAAGAUUUUUGCCAAUGAGAACCCAGAUAGUGCAGCCAUCAUCAACAAUGUUAGAAAUGUUGUUCUAGCUAAGUUGAGUACUGACAAUGUAAAUUCUCCUAUUUAUAAUGCCUUGUGUAUGUUACAGAGAGUUGAUGCUUAA